AUGAGUAUAUUUUUUCGCGCUCUUGUUGAGGAGCUCGUUAUGCUUGAAGAAGGUGUUAUAUUUAAAAUAAACGACGACAAUGACACUUCAGUUUUCACGCGAAUUUUCCUGAUUGGUGCUUGCUGCGACAAACCAGCACAAGCGCUAUUGCAACAUUUACCGGAACCCACAGCCGCAUUUGACUGCGGACGUUGUGAAGUUCAAGAUUUCAUGGUGCGAACAGAACACGAUGAUAAUGUUAGAAGCUUUGCAAUGAUCUUAAAUGCUAUAGAGGAAACUGACCUACGGUCGAACACGCGAUAUGACAAUUUGCUAAACUUAAAGUUGUUGCAUGAGCAGAUGCGCGAAUCAUUUUCAGGCGGGAAAAAGAAAUCAUUGAUAGAACAACAAAAAGAAGCAGAAAAGGGUAUACUCGGACCAUGCAUCUUAAGAGAACUGUCCUUUUUUUAUGUUGGACGUGGCUUUAUGGCUGAUACACUGCAUAAUGUGUACAUGGAUGCAUUUAAGCGAUUGAUACCCCUAUGGUUUGAUUCUGAUUACCGUUUUGAAGAUUGGAGUAUAAAAAGUCGGUUGAAUGAACUUCAACUAGUUUUUCGUAAACUUCAUCUUCCAUCCAACACAUCUCGAUUACUACGCUGUCUUACAUUAUAUUCAAAGUUUAAAGCAAAUGAAAUGAGAAUUCUGUUGCUUUAUGGAUACGUUAUAUUCAAGAAUAUACUUGGAACAAAGUAUUACAAUCAUUUUUUGAAACUUGUUUUAAUGAUGCAUUUUAUCCGAAAAUCGACGAAUUGA